AUGCUGGCCCAUGUCGGCGGCGGCACGGCGUCGGGCGGCCGGCUCACGCUGCUGGACAUCCGUGACGGAACCCAGAAAACGCAACUUCAACUGAGUCGGGAUCGGCCCAGCUCGUGCUGCGCGGACAUCGAGGGGCCGGGGCUGGACGUGCUCAAGACCGUCUCCGGCAGCGCCUUCUUCAGCUUCUCACGCGACGGGCGCCGCGUCGCCGUCAUGGAAUCGCCGACUCCGCAGCUCUCGGCCGACGGGACGCUGCGCGUCCUGCUGACACCCGUCGGUGAUCCCUUCUUCUGGGCUCCCAACAGCCGGCAAAUCGCCUACCUGAUACUGGUGAGCCCGGCGGAGCUGCAGCAACUGCUGGUUGAGCCGGUGUUUGCCGCCGAUCCGGAGCAGCUCUACGUGCACCUGCAGGUGAUGGACGUCCGCUCCGGGGACUCCUGGAACGUGCACAUUCACGAUCACCGAGGGAGCCAUAAUCAACAUGCAAGUUUCGAUCAGUACAACCGCUCCGGGAGCAUCUGGUCGCCGGACGGCAACUGGCUGGUCUUUUCCGCGGUAGCCCGCGGCGGCUUCCCGGGCAUCUACCUGGAUCGGCGUCCGGAAACCUCAAGCCGCGCUUCGUCACCCGCGGCGACCUGGGAGCCUGGUCGAUCCGAUGAAUGGAGGCUCCGACGGGUCCCGUACGCCCACCCGUUGACCACCCCGCUAGUCGGUGCUAUUCGUUGUGCCCAACCCGAGACCGGGCGGCGGUGGCUCGGGCAGACCGGGCGUCGGGUCGGGCCCGCGUCCAGCCUGACCGCUCUGGUACGGGUCAUUUGUUCGUGGAUGCGUCAUGACCGUUCGGUCCAUGCCCGGUACCGUUGUGGCCGUUCGGGCCGAGGAUCUCCAGCACCUCCCCGGUAUUGA